AAAUAAUGCUACAGAAGAAUCUUCACCUUCGAGACAGCGAGUCUGACACAUUUAUCUUCCAUUUCUAGAGAGAUAAAAGUUUGGUUUUUGAAUAGUUGGUGUGAACUCUGAAGUGUAGUGAAGUGAAGAAGUGAAUACUUUUAUAUUGCACCUGUUUAGUUAGGCUUAGCUGUGUUUUUUUAUUUUUACUUUUAAAUGUCUCUGAAGUUUGAUUUUAUUAUCAGUUUAUCACCAUUGACUCUAGAAACCGUUUCUGGGUGUUAGUGAUUCCGAGGAAACUGUUUCUGGUUAGUGGUGUUAAUGUCUUUUGAGCAUGCAAGACGCGGUUUUGCGGAAGAUCAGGGCUUUAUCUGAUUGCUGAUUCUGGAAGCAUUACAUUUACAUGAGUUAAUAUUUAUUCAGAACUUGUCAAAGCAAAGUUUUGAGGUUGUUGAUUGGUGAUCCUUUCUCUGAGGCAUUUUCUAUGUCACUACAUUAGUGUGUCUGAGACAUAGUGAUAAAAGUGUUUCUGUGAAGUUUGAAGAUUAAGCCACAACAUAUAUUUCUUCAAAGAAGCAUUGGAGAGUGGAAAACAAGGCUGUUUUGUGGAUCAUUCAAUGGCUCUCAACAGGAUAAACUCUUGGAAUAUCAAGCAAGUCAACUUGAUUUGAGCUAAUAAUCAGUUCUGUGCCUACCAAAUCGAAGUCAUGGUGGAAGAUGGUGAUGAGGUUGAUGCACGUUCCACAGAAGACUGGUUGUUGCAUGCACAGGAACUUGUUCCUGUUGUCCUUGAUAAGGCCAGAGAGGUCAAGGGAUUUGCUGGUAGAUGGAAGAUGAUUGUUGCGAAAUUGGAACAGAUCCCUUCGCAGUUAUCGGAUUUGUCGAGCCAUCCAUGCUUCUCGAAGAAUGCUCUUUGCAAGGAGCAGUUGCAGGCUGUGUCAAAAACACUUGGGGAAGCGAUUGAAUUGGCUGAGUUGUGUGUGAAGGAGAAGUAUGAGGGUAAGCUUCGGAUGCAGAGUGAUCUGGAUGCAUUGGCUGGGAAGCUUGAUUUGAAUUUGAGGGAUUGUGGGCUUCUGAUCAAGACUGGUGUGCUUGGUGAGGCUACUUUGCCAUUAACUGUGUCUAGUUCUGUGGCAGAAUCAGAUGUUGCAACACACAACAACAUAAGGGAGUUGCUGGCGCGCCUUCAGAUCGGGCACUUGGAAGCGAAGCACCGAGCUUUAGACAGCGUUGUUGAGGCCAUGAAGGAGGAUGAGAAGAGUGUUUUAGCUGUUCUUGGUCGGAGCAACAUUGCUGCUUUGGUUCAAUUGCUUACAGCUACCUCUCCCAGGAUAAGAGAAAAAACAGUUACUGUAAUAUGCUCGCUUGCAGAAACCGGUAGCUGUGAAAAUUGGCUAGUUUCUGAAGGAGUUCUGCCUCCUCUUAUAAGGCUUGUUGAAUCCGGCAGUGUGGUGGGGAAGGAGAAGGCAACAAUAUCCCUUCAGAGGUUGUCGAUGUCAGCCGAAACAGCACGAGCAAUCGUGGGACAUGGCGGGGUUCGUCCAUUGGUUGCACUUUGUCAAACCGGUGAUUCUGUGUCACAGGCCGCGGCUGCGUGUACUCUGAAGAACAUAUCAGCUGUUCCUGAGGUGAGACAAGCAUUGGCUGAAGAAGGGAUUGUGACGGUAAUGAUCAAUCUGCUUAACUGUGGAAUUCUGUUAGGUUCCAAAGAGCAUGCUGCAGAGUGCUUGCAGAACCUCACUGCAAGCAAUGAGAAUCUAAGGAAGAGUGUCAUAUCAGAAGGUGGUGUUAGGAGUCUUCUGGCUUAUCUUGAUGGUCCACUUCCUCAGGAAUCUGCGGUUGGAGCAUUGAGGAACUUGGUUGGAUUAGUCCCUGAGGAAUCCUUGGUUUCCCUCGGUUUGAUCCCCCGUUUGACUCAUGUGUUAAAGUCCGGAUCCUUAGGUGCUCAGCAAGCAGCUGCGGCUGCGAUAUGCUGCGCUUGCAGUUCCACAGACAUGAAGAAAAUGGUUGGUGAAGCUGGCUGCAUCCCUCUCCUUGUGAAGAUGCUUGAGGCCAAGUCAAACAGUGUUAGAGAGGUUGCUGCUCAAGCAAUAGCAAGCUUGAUGGUUGUGUCUCAGAAUCGAAGAGAGGUUAAGAAGGAUGAUAAGAGUGUGCCAAACUUGGUUCAGUUGCUUGAUCCAAGCCCUCAGAAUACUGCAAAAAAAUAUGCAGUUACUUGCCUUGGAUCACUUUCUUCAUGUAAGAAAUGUAAGAAGCUAAUGAUCUCGUAUGGGGCAAUUGGGUAUCUGAAGAAACUUACUGAGAUGGACAUUCCAGGAGCUAAAAAGCUGCAUGAAAGGUUGGAAAGAGGGAAAUUUAGAAGUUUGUUUAGCAAGAAAUAGAGGAAAAAAAUAUUAACUUUUUUUUUUUGUAUCAAGAAGCCAAAUACUAAGUUGCAAACUGGAAUGAAGAAGUUUGCUAAUCUAUGUAUUAUAAAUCAGUGUUAGAUUAUAUUAUAAAUAUUUAAAUUUCUGUACUC